AUGUCCGCGAGCCUCUCCCGCGCCCAGGCUGUGGUGGACGCCGGCUCAAAGGCCGUCUCCCUCGACAGCGGCCCGCCCAUCCUGGACCCCUCCUGGGGCCUCUACCCGCCACCCACACCCGGCGCCGCGCCCUCCUCGCCCGCGGCGUCACCUGCGGCGUCAUCCGUGGCGUCACCCGGCGUCCCCGCUGACUACAAGUGCGCGGGUGACGAGCACGGGCUGCUGCUGUACCCGGCGGCCGGCGCCGUCGCCGCGCUCGGCGCCGCGCCGCCGCUGCCGCCGCGCGGCGCGCUGCUGCGGCUGCAGCCGGGGCACUGCGACCCGACUGUGAACUUGUACGACUGGAUUGUGGCGUACCGGGGGCGGCGCGUCGAGGGCGUGUGGCGCAUCGCAGGGCGGGGGCCGGGCGCAUGA